AUGACCAGCGUUUCGGAAAUACUGUCGUACGACAAGUCGUCGGCCCAAGACGACUUCUACCAAAUGUUGGGAUGCGACCAGACGUCUACGGUGGAACAAAUAAGCGCAGAAUUCAAAGUAAGAGCUCUUAAGUAUCAUCCGGAUAAAAACUCCGGUGACAAGAAGGCGGAAGAAACGUUCCAGAAACUUAAUGAAGCUAAAGAAACGCUGUGCGAUCCGGAAAAGCGGGCAACUUACGACAAAUGGAAGAACAGCGGCGUUGCCGUUAGCUAUAAAACGUGGCUGAGCAACAAAGAACAUUUCCAACAAUCUAUGCACUGGGCACAAAUGAACACUAAAGACAGAAUGCUUCCGGAAGGCGGUGAAGGGGCUUCGUCUUCAAUGGCGUCCAGGAGAGCAUCUGAAGGUGGAGUGAACUUGGGAGCCAACAAAGUAAAAUGGGACGCAAAAUCUAAUGCAGAUAUUAUCAACAAGUUUCGCAAUUACGAGAUAUAA